GGGGGCCGCACCGGGGAGCGUUUCUCUCUAGUGCCCGAGGCAGCUCUAGCUGGGAGAGCCUUUGGCCCGCUCCACGGGGACCUCUGUGCACGGAUGGACCCGCCCGAACACGGCGGGAAGCGGCCUGGCAGGCGGCGGCCCCGGCGACGUCAGCAGAAGCAGUACAGGGCCAAGGCCGCGGGUCCCUGAGGCGUGCGGGCCCACCGGGCCCGGAGGCGGCACCAUGAUGCCGGGCGAGACCCACUCGGCGGCGCCUGGGGCGGCGGAUCUCUCGCGGUGUCAGGGCUGCGCUUCCCUGCAGCAGAAUUUAAAUGAAUAUGUUGAAGCAUUAAUCACCUUGAAGCAAAAAAUUAUUAAUACAGAUAAUUUGUUAACAGAGUACCAGAAGAAAUGUGAUGAGCUGCAGUUUGCCAGAAGGGAGAAUAGUACUCUGCAUCAUCAAGUGGAACAGAUGCUUCAAAAAAUUUCUCCUCUGCAGAAAUGUCAGGAAGAACUGGGAUCUUUAAAAGCUGAGCUAGAAGAGAAAAAGAGUUCUCUGAAGUUAUAUCAGGAAACUCAUCAGGAAUAUGCUCGUAUAAAAGAAGAAUGCUUGAAAACUGAUGCUCAGAAGAAGAAACUGGAAGCCAAGGUGAAGAAGCUGGAAGAGGCUGCUGUCAAGCAAACUCAGGACUUCAAGCAACUAAGGAAUGAAAAGAAAAUACUUGAAAAGGAAUUUAAGAAGACACAGGAAAAGCUUGAUGAAUUUUCUAAACAGAAAGCUGAAAAGGAGUUGAGAAACGUUGGAACACAAAUUACAAGUGAUACUUAUGGAACCAUAGAUAGAAGAAAAGUAAAACUACUUCUGAAGGAACUCUGGCUCUGUAUAAACACAGCACAGAGAGCACCUGGUGAAAGCAGCAGAUGUGUCCCAGCAAAACCUGUCCAAGAAAAGCCCAUAUCUGAAGAGGCCAGGGAAGAUGUUGUGCCUACCCGGGUAGUAGACAGUCCUCCAAGAACCUCUGCUGUGCAGACAUGUCAGGCAGAGCAAUCCAUGGAGAUAGAGGUUGAUGUCUCUGCAUGUAAAAAUGUGGGAAAAGAGACACCCAGUGCAGCAGCCCACCGUAAUGAUGACCAGCAUCCUGAGGUUUUACUACAGAGGAAUGAGGAGGACAGUGCUGACUUUUCUGAUCAUGAUCGCUCUUUUGAUGAAGAUCUUCAAGCUGCAGUUGACUUCUUCAAACUUCCCCCUCCUCUUUUGUCUCCAGUACCAUCACCCCCUCUGGGGUCUAUACCACACCAUGGCACCUUACCUUCUUCGCUUGCACCUGAAACCUACUUUGGAGAGUAUACAGAUUCCAGUGAUAGUGACUCGGCCCAACGUGAAAGUUCUGAGUAUAUUUCAGAAGAUGAUACACCUGAGGCACAGGAUUGUUUUGGCUUAUCCAGAAAAAAUAAAGGAAGUGGUACAUGUGAGGAAAAACUCAAAUCACAUGAAGCCACCCAAGCUCCAAACACAUUGGAAGUAAAUGAAGUGACAACUGUUGGGUUUGAGGCAUUUACAGCAUCACUGAGAGAACCUUCAACCACAUUCUCCUUAGCUCAUGAAAAACACUGGGCAGUGUCAUCUCAAUUCAUGAGUAGUAGAAAAAGAGACAUUUUAGGUGAGGCAAAAAGACCAGGAGAGGUUAGGGAAAUAGAUAUGUCGAUGCAAGCUGAGGGAACACUUUGUAAACCCACCGGAAAUGUGAGUGUUGAGAAGUUGUCUGGUGGCAUAGCACAAGGGAAGGAAACAGCCCUCGGGAAGUCAGACAUGUGUUAUUCUCCCAUUGCCAAGAGACCAUUAAGUGAACUCAUGAGAUCUGAAGGAAAAACCCCAUUAUCCAGAAUGAUUGGAUCAUCCAAAUCAAACUUUACUAAGUGGACACCAACUAAUGAAACCACUUGUGAAUCAGAUUGUAUAUCAGUUUCUGAUCAUCUUCAGGGACUAUCUAGAGAAUUGGAAAAGGAAAGAGAAGACAUGCCAGGGUUUGCUUUAGGAGAAUCAUCUGAACCUGAAGAAGAUGUAGAUGAUGUAAUGGACACAACAGAGCUUGAUGUUGAAGCCAAAUUUUCUUCCUCUUCUACCUCGGGAGCAUUAUCUGUCCAUAGUAAUCCUCAGUUUUCCUCUGGGUUGAAGUGUGGUCAUGAUACUCAUGUUCCUACUGAAGUAAUUCCUACUGAAGCACGUCAUUCAGAACAGAAGUUAGCUAGAACUUCAAACAUGCCAGGUCUGCAGUCUGAGCCAUCAGAAUGUUCUUCAGGAGCAAACGACCCAGAGGAUAGCUUGCAUGCUCUGAACCCUGAAUUGGGAGCAUCUGAUUUUCAUGAUCAGAGUAGCAGUGGGGUAGAAUGUACAAAAGUUGUGAAAGAUAUGACCAAAGUGUGUGCCCUUCCUCAGUCAGUAUUCAUGAAAGCCGUGAAAGGUGGACAGUGUGAAAGCCAAGGUCCAGGAGCUGAGCUCACAAGUCAGUCAGAUCUCACAGCAUUGGUAGAGUCUCAGUCUGGCUUGAGCAAGAGUGGUUUUGUUAAAAGCACUUCUUGGCACCAUAGUAAUCUGUUAAGGAGAAGUGGUGAAGAAAUGCUGAUAGGUAAAUCAGAACAUCAACAAGAGACCAACAAUCAGUUACAAAAGGCAGUGCCAUCCAUAGAAAAUAGAGAGUCAACAUCAUUGUUGUCUAACCAAGUGUCAGUUAUCACCAAGCAAGCCAGGCCUGAAAUGAUGCAGGGUGCUAGAUUGGAACCUUUGAGACUACAUAAGAAUGAGCCUGCCUCAGCAACAGAAAAUGUUGAUAAUGUGUCAUCAACAGCAAGAUGUGCAGAAAGAGAGGAGACAACCCAGAACAUCAAGGAGGUGGCUGCUACAAAAGAGACUUCACUAGAAGGUUCCACCUCUUUUAGAAAACUAGAUUUUGAUUCUUCAAGUGGUUCUUUACCAGUAGAAAAUUCUCAUUGUUCCAAAAAUAGUAAGUUAUCUUUCUUUUCUGAAAACAUCCCAGUCUCAAACCAAAACAUGAUGGAACCCUCCGUGCAGGCAGAGCUGCAGGAGCAGUGUCCAUGUCAAAAUGCCACAGAUCUGGGCUCAUCUGGGUCGGGUGCAGACAAACUUCAUCCAGCUACAGAAAUGGCAGCGUCAGGAGAUUUUCCUAUUAAAGAAAUACCCUCUGGAGACACAGUCACAUCUGGUGGUGAAGCGCUAGUCAUUUCAAAGGACUCUCCUAGUGUAGAGCAAAGCCUGGAGGAGCCUCUGGAGCGGCCAUCACCAACGCCUGGCUGUGCUUCUGAAGGUCCAGGCACUACAGAUACUGCCUUUUUGCCAGCGCUUGGCAGAAAAGAUGAAGAAACACAUGGUGUCCCCCAAAGUAGCCUUUCUGGUCCUCUGUACUGUUACACAGGCAUUCGGGAGGUUGCGGGUGGUGAUACUGAGAUGGAGGAGAGUGAAGCCCCUAGCUGCAGUGAAGGUGAAAAUGAGCCUGAAGCCAUGAUGGAUAAACAGCAACAGGAGGCUGCCGAGGCCUCCAGAGGAGAUGAAGGAACUGCAGAUGCUGCUGCUGCCGAGACAAGGCCUUCCACAGAGGUGGGCUGUCUGACCUCAGCGCUACAGGACUUCAACAUCAGUACUCUCUCUGAGAUAGAUAGACUUUCUACGUCAGAAGUUGUUAUGUUUCUUGAAAGUUGUCAGUUGAAAGAUUAUAGUUCAGGGGACUCUGUUCCUGAAUAUUCUAGCAAAGAAACCCUAAAUGAAGAAAUGAACAAAGAAUUAAAGCAAAAUGAAAUAUCAGGAGAAAAGUACAGAAAGCAAGUCUGUGAAGAAGAAACACUCAAAACCUGUGAAGAGUGGAUUGAAUCAGAGGAAGAUGAUUGUCCUUUAAAAGACGCGAGUCAGCUCACUCAGUGUUCUUUGGAAACGCUGUCUGAAGUGCUCACCAAGAUAGGGCAGGAACUUCAGUCCAACUGUGAGGACUCAGAUGGAAAAGAUGCUAAUAAUUUGCUGCUCUUCAGUAUACAUGACAGCCUCACAACCGAACCCUUAAAAGAACAAGUCUCACCUCAGCAAACAAGUGGCUCCUUGUUGCAGCCUUCAGAUCCAUCCCCAUCAACAGAUGGUUUGGAUGCUAAGGGCAGUUCUCCCACUAAUAGGGAAUCUAUUGAAAACACUCAAGACAGAUCUGAGGAUAACUCAGAUGUGACCAGACUGAUGGACAGUGGGGAUGAAGUUCUGCCACAACUAGCAGAGCCCCCAACCCAGAGUUCUUACUCAGGAGAUGGGCAGACAGCUGAGCACAGUGCUGGUUGUGAGGAGGCAGAAAGGACAUUUCAGUGUCAGAUAUCUACAGUAACUUCCAAAGUUAUAAAUAAGCUUAUAAAUGACCAAAAUCUAGUCAUUGAAAAGGGGGACAACUGGACCAUCAUAAGUGGGGUACCACUCAUGCCAAAUGUGGACCAGGUUAUCCUCUGUGACACCCCUGGAGACAUCCCUGCUUCCCCAAAUGGAGAAGAGCCCGGAGCUAGUUUCAUUUCUGUUAUUUCUGCGGAGAAGUCCCCUGAGACCAGCCACCCUGGCUCUCCAUUUCAGGAGCCCCCCUGUGAUAGUAAUCUUCCAUGCACCCAAGAGGAUAUUUCUAGCAGUGGUCAGAGUUCUAACUUUGAUAAAAGUCGUUUGCGGAACAGACCUGUGAAACCUAGUGUAAGGAUUAGUUCUGAAAUUUAUGAUUUUGAGUCUCAGAUUGUUGCAUCGGAUCACACAUAUUAUAACUCGAAACUGGAGCCAUUUGACAAAAACAAGAACCGGUCAAAGAUUUCAAACAAAGAUCAGUCAAAUAAACUGGUAAAGACUUCAGCACCAGGCAGAGUUGAAACUAAUGCAGGUGAAGUUUCUCAGUCAUCUUCAGGGGACAGAGGUAGCACAAAAACCCAGAGACCUCAAACUCAAACCAUUCUGGCCAAUGCUGACACCUCUACCCCUACAGAUUGUUCUGCUGACACUCUAAGUAAAAUAAGGCAGGAGGUGGGGCCCCCUUUGCCACCCCUGCUUGCUCCUCUGAUUGCCACACCUCCAAGGACUUCACACCCAGUUUCUCCUCUGAUAUCAAGUUCCAGUCCCUCCUCACCCACCUCUCCUGUUGGCCAGCUUUCUCCAGCCUGUGAGAUCCCAAUGCCACCCAUGAUGUCUCCUUUGCUGGAAGAUCCAGGGCGUGCCUCCCCUUCAUGCACAUCUAUGUCUCCAUCUGCUGUACCUGCUGGGGAGAGGAUAUUAUCAUCUCCUUUGCAGUUUUGUGCUACCACCCCAAAGCAUGCUCUUCCCGUGCCUGGCAGACUGCCCCCCUGUGCGUCUGCCCACACUGCUGUGACUGGGCCGCAGGAAAAUUCUGUUAAAAUUCUUGACACCAUGUACCCAGAGUUAUCUGCCAGAGCCCGCACUCUCAACAUCCUCAAAGGGAAUAUUCAGCUCACACGAGGGCCACCUGGUGACCGUCAGAAUUUACCAGGGCCGGUCAGUGCUAUAACAGGCUUCAAAGCAAUCGCUUCCAUGUCAACCGCCUUUGUCAAAACAGGGGGCAGCUCUGGUGGUGACUGUAACCAGGAUAAAUCAAGAGAUUUGGGCACCCAACAAAAUUCAAGUGGGAAAAGGACAUUGUCAUCGUGUACACCGAGGAGUGCUAAGAGAUUGCGCCUGGACAGCGGGUCCCCAGAACCAGAAACCUCGAGUCCCACUCCAGAAGGAGUCAAACACCCCCGCAGGAAUCUCCCUCAAGUUGAAAUCACAGUGACAGAUGAAGAAUCAAGUUCUGUUCCAGCUGCCAGUACAGUUUCACAGUUGCCUCUGAACCCCAAAGAAACUGUGGAGUCCCAUGAUAAAGCCAUAGCUGAUGCUCUGAAGAAGAUUGCAGAGUCCUCCUUUGACCUGUUGCCUGUCAUUCGGAGUCAUGUAUAUGUGGGGAAUAUCUCCAAAAAGCCUGUAAUGAGAGAUCAAGAGAAAGAAGUUGUCUAUGAUUUCAGCACAACGAAGAAGCAUUUAGCGGAGUGCUUGCUUCACUCUAUUCUCUCAGAACUAAAAAUUCAGAAGAUAUCUCUGGAGCACAAUUACAUUCAUGCACUCUGCAGAGUGUAUGUGGGUAUUUGUCGGCAACUUGGAGACUUGGAAAGAGCUCGCUUGUUCUGCUACAGCCUACUUAAGGAAGAUUUUCCAGAGUCAGAAAAAUUGACUUUGUUCAUUGCAAACAUGUGGCAUGAUAUAUUUAUCUCUCAAUCAGUGAUUAAUAAGGCAAUGCAGCUAGUUGCCAGGCAACGUGCUAAAGGAGAGGUUCUGAACUGUUUAAGAGCUUUUCUCAACUGGGAAAAGAAUGCUCCUGCAGAUGUUGGCUUCAUGGUUUCUAAGCUGCUUUUGACCAUACAGUUAUGUCCAAAAACAGAAUUUCAGUCCAGUGAAAAAUUUGGUGAAGACCUAAGUGAUAACACUUGGGAAUACAUAUUUGCCAUUGAUCUGCUCUGCUGCCAUCAGAAAUGGAUUUGGACACAUGAUAACAUUAUAAGUAAGGAGCUGUGGCCUGUAAUGGAUAAGUGGAUAAAAUACAGAAAAGGACAUGCUAACAUUGCAUAUAUUCCUGACAUUAUUAUAGCAUCGAUACUAAGGCUGAUCGGUCGUUUAGGCCAAUUGGGUUUGAAAGAAGGGUUUCCUUCUGCUGUGAAAAAUAUUAGUUCUGUCAUCGGUAUGUUCAUACAGCAUGCCCAGGAUGAAGAUAUACCAUGGGGUAUACAGCUAGCAGCUGUUUAUGCCCUUUGUGACUUGAGUCCCAGCAAUCCAGCGGAAAUAUCCAAGAUCCUGGAAGCCUGGCGCAAGGAGACCUCUCACAGUGUUCCGUCUGCAGUGGUCAGCUCCCUGGAGGAAGUCAGUGCAUUGUGUGCGGAGGAAUUCGGCUAAGCUCCGCUGCACUGCGCCUGGAGAAGUGCCUUCACCUAUCUUGAGUAUGAACAGGUUAAUCGGCUUUCAGAAUACAAACCGAGGUUUCACAAAAAAGACGCAAGAGAGAAAAUGCGAAGAGGCUGUCCUCGCUGUGGCAAGGAGACAGGAGAAAUACACAGUGGCACAGCCGUGUUUCCCUAAACCACAUACUUAAAUCACUUAAUGUCUGUCGUGACUACAUGACAAAUGGAUUAUAUUAUUGUGUCUUGGUCAAACAACAAAAACUUGAACUUAGCCCUUUUUGCUGCAGAAAGUGCCCUUUUAGUCGCUUUUUAAAAUUGACUGGCAUUUUAUAAUGAAUUUAAUAUGAAAGCAUUGAUUUGGUUCCUGAGUUAAUUCUGGCCUUUGCAUUCAAAUGAGUGACUAGGAGAAACUAAAUUGGCUAAAAAAGGACUAGAAGACUCUCCACUGUCUUAGAUGGAAACAGGCUACAGAAGUUUUUCUCAUGGUAUAGUGUGCAUCUGAUCCGAGGAAAACACAGGGAGCCUCCGCAACUCACCUUUAUGCGUUUUCUUCACAGGCGUUCCGUAACUUAAGUCCCUUCAGCUAUUUAACUAUCUGCCAGGAAAGGAGUCUGAGAAGUUGAGUCCACUGCAGGUCUGUGUCAGGACGUGUACAUACGGAUUCAGAGGCACCCAGAGCCCUUCGCCGUGUACAUAGGGACAGUGCGAUAAUGUGUGUCACAUUCGAUGAUGUUCCGCUUUCGGAAUUUUAGUAUUUGUACAGAGAAAAUGGGUUUAAUAACUCACCGUGGUUCUGAUUUGUCUUAUAUCCAUCAUUUCUUAAAUCUCUUGUAUGUGUUUUUUUAUAAUAAAAAGUAAAAGUAA